UCUCUGCUUCAUUGUAACAUCCAGGCUCUGGCUGCUAAGUCACCAAGAAAACCACGAAGAUGGGAGAAAUCGACAGAGAAUUGGCAUGCAAAACUCAUGUCAUGAUCAUCCCUUUCCCUGCUCAAGGCCAUAUGAGCCCCAUGAUGCAGUUCUCCAAGCGCUUAGCGUUUAAAGGGGUCAAGGUGACCAUGGUGGUUCCGCUGAAGCUGCAGGAUUCUAUGCAGAUAUUAUACGACAGUCCGCUGAUCAGCCUUGAAUGCAUCACCUUUGAUUUUGGUAAAGAUGAGAUUCCCAAUGACAUGCAGUCGUAUAUGGGGUUUAUGAAGCUGAAAAUCACAACUGUAUUGCCUGAACUCCUUGAGAAACAGGAAAAUAAUGGAUGCCCUGUAAAAUUUUUAGUGAUCGAUUCGUUAUUCCCAUCUGGGGUAGAAAUGUGCCAUCAGUUUGGCUUGAGAGGAGCCCCGUUUUUCACUCAGUCAUGCGCGGUGAAUGCCAUUUACUUGAAUGUUUUGCAGGGAAGACUCAAGAUUCCUUUUGACAAAGGGUUGUCGAAUUUCUCAUUGCCUUCACUGCCAGUGCUGGAUACCGUUGAUAUGCCUAGUAAUGUGAUUGGCACAUUUCCAGAUUUAUGGGCCUAUUUUUCGAGGCAGUUCUCUGGUUUGGAGAAAGCAGAUUGGGUUUUUCUUAAUAGUUUUGACAAGCUGGAGACCGAGGAAGCGAAAUGGCUAGCAAGCCACUGUCCAUUAACUACCGUUGGACCAGCAAUUCCAUCAAUGUAUUUAGACAAGAAAUUACCAAAUGACAAAAAAUAUGGCAUUAGUCUUUACAAACCAGAAGCCGAAGUUUGCUUAAACUGGCUAGAUGAAAGAGAUCCUGGAACCGUAGUCUACAUAUCAUUUGGGAGUGUAGACAAACUCAGUCAAGAGUACAUGGAGGAAAUUGGUAGGGGAUUGUUAAAAAGCAACAGUUUUUUUCUUUGGGCAAUCAGGGAUUCUGAACGGGAAAAACUUAGUAGUGACUUCAUUUCUGAAUCCUCGGAGAAAGGCCUAAUUGUGAGUUGGUGUCCUCAGCUCGACGUGUUAGCUCACAGGGCAGUGGGGAGUUUCAUGAGUCAUUGUGGCUGGAACUCGACCCUCGAAGCACUGAGCCUGGGAGUGCCCGUGGUGGCUGUUCCAGUGUGGUUUGAUCAACCUACAAAUGGGAAAUAUAUUGUAGACAUCUGGAGAGUUGGCGUACGUGUUCCAGUUGAUGAAAGUGGUAUGGUCUCGCGAGAAGAUGUUGCAGCGUGUAUAAUGGAUGCCAUGGAGGGAGAUAGCAAGGAGGAAAUCAGAGAGAAUGCUUUGAAAUGGAGACAAGUUGCUAUUGAGGCAAUGGACGAAGGUGGCAGCUCGGAUAGGAACAUUGAUGACUUCAUUUCCAAACUUGUAUCUAGUUAAAUAAAAUCUGUUAUACAUUAUUAUAAUUAUAAAAUUAUUGAAAUAAUUUGUGCGCAGGGCCGUCUCAACUAAAUUUGAGGCCCUGAGCGAGAUUUUAAUAUAUGUUUAGUUGACUUUACUGUUGA